UCACUACUGUUUUAUUACUUUAUUUUUUUUUUCGCCCCUUUAGAAAAGUAAUUGAGAGUUUAUAGUGUGAAGCCUUAAACUUUAGACCUGCUACUUGUAUAACUUGGGCAGACCAAUUUGCUUUCGAACUCUAUAUCUUCUAGACUCUUUCGGCUUCUUCUUCAUCUAUUGCAUAUAUAAAAGCUUAGUGUUUCAGGGUUUCCUCUGUAAAAGCAGUCAUGUCUGCUUCCAAGAGCGAGAGCAGUUGUAGUGAAGAUGAUAAUGAACUUAGGAGAGGACCUUGGACUCUUGAAGAAGAUACUCUGUUAACAGAGUACGUCUCUGCUCAUGGGGAAGGACGAUGGAAUUUGCUGGCAAAACGUUCAGGGUUGAAGAGAACGGGAAAGAGCUGCAGAUUAAGAUGGCUUAAUUAUCUGAACCCACAGGUAAAGCGAGGAAAUUUAUCCCCAGAAGAGCAGAUUUGGAUCCUUCAACUCUACUUAGAGUGGGGCAGCAGGUGGUCAAAGAUCGCACAGCGACUUCCAGGGAGGACAGACAAUGAAAUCAAGAACUAUUGGAGAACUCGGAUUCAGAAACAAGCAAGACACUUGAAUAUUGACACAAACAGCGCGGAGUUUAAAGAAAUCGUGAGGCGAAUUUGGAUUCCAAGAUUGCUGCAGAAAGCGAGAGAAACAGCUUCUCCUCCUCCUCCUCCUCCUCCUCCUCCACCACCACCUGCUCCUGCUAUGUUAAUCCAAAACCAAAAGAUUCCUUUGCCUAUUGACAGUGUUUCCCUGUGUUCACAGAUAGGGACAGUUCCAACACGGUUUCCUUGGCAGGGACCUUGUGGGAUGAAUGAAACAGUUCAAAACAGUUCCUGCGUGUCUUCUUCUUCCUCAGAAUCAUCAAACAUCCCAGAAGUGUCUCAGUUUCAGGCUUUAGAUGCCAGUGACAUGAGCUCCUUUAUGUAUGAUGGACACUAUGUUAAUAACAAUACUUACGACAUGGAAACAUUCAAUCUGGGAACAACAGUGACAGCUGAGGCUACUAUGGUAGGAAACUGGAUGAACAAUGAUGUUACAUGCAGCAUGUGGGGCACGGAUGAACUGUGGCAGUUCAAAAACUAGUAAAGAAUAAGAAUUUAGGGGUUCUGGUUCUUUUUGUCAUGAACCAAACACUACAUCCCAUGAUGUUAUUUGUUAUCUGAUAUGAAGCAACUGUCAAUUAAUUAAUAGUUUAUAUGACUACUGGAUUUAUGUAGAGGGUGCUUGAUUUGUUGUACAAGAUUAACGUGUUGUUGUGGUUGUUCGGC